AUGCAGUGUGGCGUGGUGCUGUGUGUCCUGCUGCUGAUUUUGUCCAGUAGAGGUCUGAGCCGACGGAGGAGCAGACAGAAAGUAAACAAUCUUGUGGUCCAAAAUGAAGCAAAAGCCCUGAUGUGUCCGGUGGAGGUGGCCUUCCUGGUGGACAGCUCUGAGAAUGCCAAUGCUUUUCUGUUUGAGACGCAGCGCAGCUUCGUUCAGCGUUUCAGCACCAGGUUGUCUCUGCUGCAUAUUCCCGGCUGGCGCGUACGUCUGCGUCUGGCCAUGUUGCAGUACAGUAGCACUGUCUCAGUGGAACACAACUUCCGUGACUGGCAGGAUGUGGAUGUCUUCCAAAGUCGUGUGUCAUCCAUGGUCUAUAUUGGUCAGGGCACAUAUUUGGCCUACGCCAUCUCAAACGCCACGCAGCUCUUUACUCAGGAGACGGCAGGCAGCAGUGUGCGUAUUAUCCUGUUGAUAACAGAUGGAGUGGAUCAUCCUCGCAGCCCGAAUGCCAUCGCUGCUGCCACAGACGCCAAAAACAACAACAUACGAGUGUUCGUCAUUGGCCUGACGCAAGACGGACAGAGCAAUAUCAAGUUGAGGUCCAUCGCCAGCCCUCCAUCACAGCAGCACAUUUUCAGCCUUGAGGAUCCCCAGCUGGAUGAGAGGCUUUUCAGAGAGAUGGUUAGUGAACAAUGUCCGCAGCCCAAAUCAUGUGUGUGUGAUAAAGGAGAGAGGGGUCCUGCAGGAAACCCGGGUAAACCAGGAAACCCAGGAAAACCUGGCCUUCCUGGUCUCAAAGGAUUCAGAGGGGAACCUGGUUUGAACGGACGACCAGGAAUCGAAGGCCGUGAGGGAAGAUCAGGAGUGAAAGGGGAAAAGGGUGAGAGAGGAGAGUGUGGAACAGAAGGGCCGAAAGGAGAUCGGGGUGCAGAUGGGCCACCGGGACCUCGUGGACCUCCAGGAGAGCAGGGUCCUAUUGGUGGUCCUGGAGAUCAUGGUCCAGUGGGUCCUGCUGGGCCUAAAGGGGACCGAGGACCUACAGGAGCUUCUGGUCCUCCAGGAGAUCAGGGGAUUGGAUUUCCUGGUCUAAAGGGAGACAAGGGGAACCAAGGCAGACCGGGCCCUCCUGGACCUGUUGGGGUAGGAGAGCCAGGACCACUAGGAUUCCCGGGACCACCAGGACCGCCAGGCAACCAAGGUCUUCCAGGCAGGGGUUUAUCAGGACCCAAGGGGGACAGAGGCUUUGAGGGUCCAAAUGGUGCUCGUGGUCCUCCAGGGUUCGGCAUCAAAGGUGAAAAGGGGAAUGCUGGAGCUCCAGGACCACCAGGAUUGAUUGGACUUCCUGGAGUUGGGAUUCAGGGAGAAAAGGGUGAACAAGGACCAGUUGGGCCACCGGGCAUUAGAGGAGCUCCUGGUGUGGGUAUUGUAGGCCCAAAGGGGGAUCAGGGCUUCCCUGGUGAACAUGGACCUCAAGGAGAAAAAAGCAUCGGAGAACCUGGACCAAAAGGGGAGCCAGGAUCAGAUGGCAGUCCGGGAAUUCCUGGCAUCCCAGGAGAAGAUGGCGCUGUAGGACCCAAGGGUGAGAAGGGUUUACCAGGCCUGCAAGGUCCUGAUGGUGCACCAGGAAAAGGGAUUCCAGGAGAAAAGGGUGAUCAAGGUGACCGAGGGAUUCGUGGUCUUCCAGGAUCUCCAGGACCUGCAGGACCACCAGGGGCGAAGGGAGAACCUGGUAGUCCUGGGGCAUUGGGGAUGCCUGGACCCCCUGGGAUUGGAUAUCCUGGUUCAAAGGGGGAGCCUGGGCCUGUGGGUUCUCAGGGCAUGGUGGGAGAGCCAGGUGUCAGAAUCACUGGGCCAAAGGGUGAGAGAGGACCACCUGGACCAGCGGGACGAAAAGGGUUAAAAGGAGAAGGUUACCCUGGGCCUCAGGGACUUCCUGGAUUGCCUGGAGUACCAGGAGAAAUGGGACCAGAAGGAAAUGGACUACCAGGACCUAAGGGGGACAGAGGUUCCCCUGGGGUUCCUGGGCCAUCUGGGCCACCUGGGAUAGGACUUCCAGGACCAAAGGGUGCGACUGGUCAGCCAGGUCCUCCUGGUCCUCCAGGUCCACCUGGAGAGGGCAUUCAGGGUCCAAAAGGAGAGCCAGGUUUCCAGGGACCACCAGGCCCCAGAGGUUUCCCAGGAGAAGGCUUUGCAGGACCGAAGGGGGACAGGGGUCUGUCUGGUGAGCGUGGAAGAAAAGGAGACAGCGGUGAUUUUGGAGUACCUGGACAAACAGGAGCAAUGGGAAAACCUGGUGAGAAAGGAGAUCCUGGACUCUCAAGAGAAGAAGUGAUCAAAAUAAUCAGGGAAAUGUGUGGUUGUGGUCUGAGGUGCAGCGAGAGUCCCUUGGAGCUUGUGUUCAUCAUUGACAGCUCUGAGAGCGUCGGACCCGAAAACUUUGAGCUGACGAAGGACUUCGUGAACGCUCUGAUAGAUCGCGUGGCUGUGAGCCGUGAGGCUACACGUGUUGGAGUUGUCUUGUAUAGUCACACUGAUGUCGUAGUGGUCAGUCUUCAGCAGCUGAUCGACCGGACCAGCAUUAAAGCCGCUGUACGCAAGAUGCCCUAUCUGGGUGAAGGUACUUUUACAGGAAGUGCUAUCCGUAGUGCCACACGGUUGUUCCAGGCCUCGCGGUACGGUGUGAGGAAGGUGGCUGUGUUGCUGACGGAUGGACAAGCGGACAGACGGGAUGCGGUACGGCUGGAGGUUGCAGCAGAUGAAGCACACGCUGCUGGGGUAGAGAUGUUUGUAAUCGGUAUAGGCAAUCACAGUGAUUCAGGUUACGCCCAGUUUCAGAGAGACAUGAAAUCCAUCGCUUCAGAGCCAGACGAGGAGCACAUCUACCUUAUCCAUGACUUCAUGGACUUGCCCAACUUGGAGCCGGUGAUAUUGAGUCGGAUUUGUGAGCUGGACGAUGGUUUAGUGCGCAGCUUAAACAGGAUCAUUAUUUUCCCAGCUGGUAAAGAGGUUUUCAGUCUUGUGAAUGAGUUCCUGAAUAUAUUCCCACUUUCUGUCCAGCCUGAAGCUCCAGCUGGGUUUCAGACUCCCUCUCCAGAAACGUAUGGAAUUGACGACACGGUGACAGCGAGUUUCCAGCUCCCUGUGGCGACUGUGACAAAACCUCAGCCUCCUACAAAUGUCCUGUUUGACCCUGAGAUCCACUCUCCUUCACAGAUUCAACCUCCACCAUUCCAGUUUGGAGCAGUUCCAGCUGUAGCCUGUAGAGAGAGUCUCGACCCCGGGCCGUGCAGGAGCUACGAGGUGAAGUGGUACUACGAUCCGUUGGCGAACUCCUGCGCCCAGUUCUGGUACGGAGGUUGCCAAGGCAACAGUAACCGCUUCGAUACACACCAGAGCUGCAUGGAUGCUUGUGUGAAAACGUGA